AUGAAGGACACUGAACUGGUACUUGUCAAUGUCGAUGUGAACCAGAAGAAGAAUAAUACCAUGGUAUACAAAGAUGAGAACCUCGGAAGAGUUUUAAAAUCUAGUCGAUGUUCAGAUGACCACAUCCACUUUUCUCUGAAGAAGAUAGGAAGAGAUGGAAUUAUUGAUCCUACUCGCUACUUUGAAAAGCGAAAAAUGGAGAAACCAAAAUGGGUGUCAGGCUGUGAUGACUACAAACUAAUAUUUCUGAAUGAGGUCAUUGCAUCCGGAUCAAUUACAGGUGGUCCAAAAGAUGUGGAUACAACUCCAAAGCAGCGAACAGUUAUGGAAACUGAAAUGCCAAACG